AUGCGCGCCUGGCACCUCACCGCCUUCAACACGCCCUACACUCUCACCCCCUCGCAACCCACCCCCCACCCCAUCCUUCCCCACGACAUCCUCAUCCGCGUCCUCGCCUGCUCCUACUGCCACACCGACGCCCUCGUCGCCGCCGGCGCCGUCCCGCCCCAACCUGCUCUCCCGCACAUCGGCUGCCACGAAUUCGUCGGCAGGGUCGUCGCUUUCUUCCGUGACCCCGACAACCCCGCCGAUGCCGCAGUCGCUCCAGCAGAGGAAACGCGCGAUGGCCUGCAGCUGCAGCUGCAGCUGGGCGACACCGUCGCCGUCCCCGGCCGCGGCAACCACGUCUGCGGCGCCUGCCUUGAAUGCCGCGCCGACAGCGCCGUCUCGCCCGACCCGGCGGGCUUCAGCGUCUACUGUCCCGCCUCGGGGGCGGGGUUGGGCGUGGACCGGCCCGGCGGGUUUGCCGAGUAUGCGGUGGUGGACGCGCGGCAGGUGGCGCGGGUGCCCGAAGUGUUGGCGCCGUGUGAGGUGGCGCCGCUGAUGUGUGCGGGCCUGACGAUUUUCGUGGCGCUGAGGAAACUGGGACUGCGGAAGGGGGACAGGGUCGGGGUCGUGGGCUGUGGCGGUGGGUUGGGCCACUUGGGGUUGCAGUUUGCGGUGAAGAUGGGGUUGAGGGUGCAUGGGUUUGAUAUGGGGAAAAGGGCGCUGGGGUUGGCGAGGGGGUUGGGGACCGGGGCGGAGGUGGUGGAUGUUAGGGAGAGGGGGGCGGAGGGGGUGAGGAGGGAGAUAGGGAGGGAGGAUGGGAGGGUGUUUUUUGAGGAGAUGGGCUUGGAUGCCGUGGUGUUGUUGGCGGAGAGUCAGGAGGCGUGGGAUUAUGCGGUUGGGUUAGUGAGGAAUGGCGGGAAGAUGAUGGUGUUGAGUUUCCCGCCUGCGGGGUUUCGCUUGAAUCCGUUUGAUUUGGUCAUUAGGCGGGUGAGUGUCGAGGGGAGCCUGAUUGGGAGUAAUCGGGCGAUGGCGGAGAUGUUUGCCUUUUGUGUCGAGCAUGGUGUUAGGGCGAAGAUCAAGAGGUAUCCGUUUGAGAAGUUGAAUGAGUUGGUCGAGGACUAUCAUCAGGGAGAGCCGGGGAAGCUGGUGUUGGAUAUGGAGACAAGUACGUGA